UGGAAUAUGGGGCGCGGUGGUGACGCGACCCCUGCACGGAGGCCUCAGUCCUUGAAGCAGCCGUCACAGGCUGACCUUUCCCCUCUCUCAUAACCAACAUUCCUGUCAUUUCACUUUCCGACAAAUGCCAGUAGAGCCACAAAAAAAGCAUAGAAUAUAACAAAUCACCUGGCUGCUCCCUAAAAAAAGUCAUUUUCUCUAAUCAUUUCUUGAAAAUACCCCACGAGUGAAAAUAAAGUCCACCAAUUUCAAUCAAAAAUGACCCACCGGUUAAUUACGCGCUCAUAUUGUGCUUUUUAAGGCCAGCAGAGGGAGCUCGUCGUCCACUGUGGAACACUCGUUUUGCUUUUCUUCUUCUUUCUCCAUGUGGCCGUGCGUGGUUGUUGGUAUACCACGUUCCCAAACACCGCUGGCAGCAGACGGGGAGCAGAGGAAGGACCUCACUAAGCAGAGAAAAGAGUUUGGAGGAUCCAAACGUCAUCAGUUCUCCAUCAUGGACCUCCAAGAAGGAACUCAGGGACUCGCUGGUGGAUAUGUACAGAGGUCAGGAAGCAGCCUGAGCCUGGACCGCAGCUCACCUCAGGCCCCUUCCUGCCUUCCAGAGUUACCAGUCUGCUGCUGCUCUCCUGGCCCUGACCGGUCCCCUGCCUGGAGGACUGCCUCUCCUGUGUCGCCUCCGUCCAUCAGGAGCGCCUCAGCUGCAUUGUCUUCAAGCUUACCAGGAGGCAGAGGAGAGAUGGAGAUGGAGGUGGACAUCCUGCAGAGCAGUGAUCCUUUUCCUUGGGCAGAGAACUCAGAGAACUGUUUAGAUGAAGAAGCAGCAUUAAGAGGUCCAAAGAGUCCAGUCUUGGAAAGAAACCUGGAGCCUCCUGGAAACAGCUCUCCUCAGAUCUCUGCCUCCAGCCCACAUCAGACUGUGGAUCCAACCCGAAACAUCUCGUUCUUACUGAAGGAGCUGGACGCCAUGAGGGAACUCAACAACAAGCUUCAAGGGCAGGUGGUUCAGAAGGAGAAGGAGCUGCUGCAGAGAGAGGUGGACGAAGAGCUGAAGGAGCAGCAGCGAGAGGCCCGACACUGGGAGAGACCCAUGGAGGUACUAGAGGAGAUGUUGGCGGCUCAAAAGGACAGAGACCAGGCUCUGAUGUCACGACUGCUGCUGGCCAAUGAGGAGAGAGAUGAAGCUUUACUCCGUGCCCGCCGGCUGCAGGAAGCUGCUGGGUCGGAUGAUAUCAGCCUGCAGGACGUUGACAUGGACAUCAAAGAUCUCCUUCAGCAUGUCUGCAAAGCCGACUCGGUCCAGGAAGUGAGGCAGUUCGGCUCAGCUCUAGUUCAGUGCGUACGGCUAGCACAGCGGCGAAGGAGUGACAUCACUGCUCAGGAGAUGAAGGCCGUGAUGGAGGAGAGAGACAAAUCUGUAGACAAGUGUAAAUGGCUGAAGGAAGACCUGCUUCAGAGGGACAAGUCAUUCAGCCAGGAGGAGCUGCUGAGGCUGCAGAAGGAGAGAGACGCAGCUCUGGACGACAAACAGAGGCUCCAGGCUCAGAUUCAGGAACUACAAGCCGAUCACAGCUCUCAGGAUCACGCCCCUCCAUCCCAGAUGUCACUUCCUGCUGAGUCCUCCCAGGUCCAGAAGGACUUGUCCUCCCAGGUCCAGAAGGACUUGUCCUCCCAGGUCCAGUCUCUGGUGGUGCAGCUUCAGCGGCUGUCCAGGGAGAAGGAGGACACUGCUGCUGAGCUCCAGCGCAGCCGGGUGGCUGAGCAGGAAGCCAGCGAGAGAGUUUGCAGGUUGGAGCGUUUGGUGGAAGUGUUGAGGAAGAAAGUUGGAGCAGGAAGUCUGCGUGCUGUCGUCUGAUUCAUCAGAUCCUUUUUAUGUGACCAAACUGAUGGUUUGUUUGCUUUUUUUUUUCUUUUGUACUGUUGAAGCUUUUCUACUUCUUGUGAUUAAAACUUGGUCACAUGUGGAAGCAGCAGAAGAAAUUAAGCAACAUGUUUGUCUUUGUUUUCUUCACUUGUUUUGCAUGUGAAAGUGUUCUCAGCUGGAAAACUGAGCACCUUUACUUUUUAUCCCGCGUGUUUUUCUCUCCUUGACUGGAGGCAGAAAAUGAAAUAAAUGUGAUUAUGUCAUCAGAACUUGUUUGAUGAUCAGAGAUGUGAGUUUUUUUACUGCCAGGCCUGUUUGGGUGAUUCUAAAUAAAUUGUAUUAUACAAAAAAA